GGCGCGAAAUAAACAAGAGGAUUUUACAAAAAGGAAUAUUUCCCACUGAUUUUCCCUAAUUUCUCGGCGAUCGAAGCGUCAAAAUGGAUCAAGACAUCGACCAGCGUUUAGAAGAAAUCCAGAGGGACUACAUGGACUUCCUCGAUGAUGAUGACAACCAAGGAAUAUAUCACCAGAAGAUCCGUGAUAUGAUCACAAACAACCAGGUCCGAUUGAUGGUGAAUGUGAACGACCUGAGACGGAACAACCCUAAAAGAGCGAUGGAUCUUCUAAACAAUAGUUUUGAAGAAUCUAUUGCCUUCCAACGAGCGCUGAAGAAAAUUGUCACAAAUGCUGAUGCUGUCUACAGUAAGCAGUAUGAGGAGUUCUUCAUAGGCUUUGAGGGCAGUUUUGGUGCCAAGCAUGUCACGCCACGUACAUUGACAUCAAGAUUUCUCGGCAACAUGGUCUGUGUUGAAGGGAUCGUCACAAAAUGCUCUCUGGUGCGGCCGAAGGUUGUGCGGAGUGUCCACUACUGUCCCGCAACGAAGAAAACCAUCGAGAGAAAAUACAGCGAUAUGACCACACUGGAUGCUUAUCCUUCCUCGAGUGUCUACCCUACAAAGGAUGAAGACGGCAAUUUAUUAGAAACAGAAUUCGGUCUGUCAACCUACAAAGAUCAUCAAACUUUUACAAUUCAGGAAAUGCCUGAGAAAGCUCCAGCUGGUCAGCUACCUCGAUCUGUGGACAUCAUCGCUGACAACGAUCUCGUCGACAAAUGCAAGCCUGGUGAUCGUGUGCAAGUGAUCGGCACGUACCGCUGCCUCCCCGGGAAGAAGAAUGGUUACACUACCGGAACAUUUAGGUGUGUCUUGAUCGGCAACAGUGUACAGAUGCUGAGCAAAGAAGCCACGCCCCUCUUCUCAGCUGACGACGUUGCAAAGAUCAAGAAAUUCAGCCGACAAAAGAACGCCGAUGUGUUUGAAGUUCUGGCGAGAUCGCUCGCUCCAACGAUCCAUGGUCAUGAGUAUAUCAAGAAAGCGGUGUUGUGUAUGUUGUUGGGAGGUGUGGAGAAGGUGCUGGGGAAUGGAACGAGAAUUCGAGGUGACAUCAAUGUUUUAUUGAUUGGAGACCCGUCAGUUGCCAAGUCGCAGAUGUUGCGGUAUGUUCUAUUCACGGCACCUCGUGCCAUCCCAACGACGGGUAGAGGAUCAUCUGGUGUGGGUCUCACUGCUGCUGUAACAACAGAUCAGGAGACUGGAGAGAGGCGUUUAGAAGCAGGUGCUAUGGUGCUGGCUGAUCGGGGUGUUGUCUGCAUCGACGAGUUUGACAAGAUGUCUGACAUUGAUCGGACGGCGAUCCACGAGGUUAUGGAGCAGGGUCGUGUGACGAUUGCCAAGGCGGGUAUCCAUGCCAAGUUGAACGCUCGCUGUAGUGUGCUGGCGGCUGCUAAUCCCGUUUAUGGACGGUAUGAUCAGUACAAGACACCGAUGGAGAACAUCGGUCUCCAAGACUCCCUCCUAUCUCGUUUCGAUCUGCUGUUCAUCGUCCUAGAUAAGAUGGAUCCGGAGCACGAUCGUCUCAUUUCGGAUCACGUCCUCCGUAUCCAUAGAUACAGAAAUGCCACAGAACAAGAUGGUGACGCACUACCCAUGAGUUCAACCGUGGACCUCCUCGCCACCAAAGAUCCAGACGCAGAACAAGAAGAAGAUGAAGAGACGCCCAUCUACGAAAAGUUUGACAAUCUCCUCCAUGGAGGAUCGAGGUCAAAAAGGGACAAGAUAGUCAGCAAAAAGUUUAUGAGGAAGUAUAUCCAUGUUGCCAAGGCGAUGAAACCAGCGUUGACGCGGGAGGCAGCAGACUAUAUCGCAGAUGAAUAUUCAAAACUACGAAACCAGGACAACUUGCAAUCGGAGAAUAUGGCCAGGACACAACCUGUAACAGCGCGUUCACUGGAGACCAUGAUCCGUCUUGCGACAGCCCACGCCAAAGCACGCUUGUCUAAACAGGUGACGUUAGACGAUGCUGUCGCUGCAGUCGAACUUGUCGAGUUCGCUUACUUCAAGAGGGUGCUGGAGCGGGAGAAGAAGAGGAAGAAACCUGAAGAUGACGAGACUGGAACUGACGACGAGGAUGAGCAACAAGAGAAGCCGAAGAAGAAGAAGAAGCUAAAGAAGGAUGCGGCCAAGAAGCCCCGUGAACGCAAACCACGCAAAGAGCCUGGAGAAGAGGGAUAUGAUCCUUAUGAUUUUGAGACUGAGGAGGAGAGUAUGUCAGAGGAAGAACCAGAGACGUUGGAACAGAAGCGUGUGAAGCGACGUAAGGCCCGUGCGUCUGCCAGUGAGGGAUCUGCGAGUGAGGCUGACGAUAUGGAUACAAGUGAGGCACCAGAGAAAGGCAAGAAGGCAGCCGUCAAACUGGACCACAAGAGACUGCAAGCUUUCCACAAGUCACUCUUCACACUCUUCAAAUCCGAACACACAGAAUCUCUCGCUCUCGACCGAGUUAAAAAGUUCAUCAACGAGGAUAAUGCCGGUGAAUUCAGUGAUGAUGAAAUCGGGGCGGCAUUGGACUGUAUGGCAGACCAAAACAAGGUCAUGAUAUCGGACAAUACCGUUUUCUUGAUCUAAGGACCGAUUUGAAUCAACUUCAAAAACAUUUGAACAUAUUGUGCUUUGUGUAAAACAUUCAUUUUGUAUCUUUGUCAUUUCGAAGAUUUACAUACCAAUAAUGCAUUUAUACCUUUAUAGUCUAUUGUACACCUGAGGGAGAGUCUUUUGAGUGAUCUGAUGUACUUACCAAGUGUACUUAAAUAUAAAACAUUUUGUAAAGUU